AUGCCUAGAAUUACAAAGGCCCUUACGUAUGUGCUGGUUCUCGCUCUUAGGUUCUAUGACAUUCCAUCCUUCUGCUACAAUUACUACAAUCCGGAAUCGUGUUAUCAGCAAGAAUUCCUGAAGCCGUCUGCCAUUCCAACAAUUUACCAGAUAAUACCAAGGAGGUGUUUUGUAUAUAUUUCAGCAAUAUGUGACUUUAUAGUGUCAAGACUGGUGAAUUCUGAAAAGUACUUUAUAUACUCUUCCUUUCUUCCUGCUGAUGUUAUAUCAAUAGAGAAUCUUCUUGUGGUGCUUGAAAAGUACGAGAAGGACAUUACGAGCUUUUUACUCACACAUCUAAGCGUUUUCUAUGCUCCUCUUCUUACCAGCGCCAGCUCUUAUGCUCUAUCAUAUAUCUAUCCAGCAUAUAAAAAGGAUCAUGAAAAUGCGCAUAAGCCUUCGUUGAGUAUCACCUGGUUCUUCCAUUUGAACAUCUUCCCGCAAUACAGCAGAUACUUCUAUGACAUAUUCUAUGCUCUGAUGGUCUACAUCUUUAGCAUUGUUCCCGAAGAACAGAAGAUGGAGAUAAUAUUGCUAUUCAAGCCAUCUAACUACAAGAGCUAUCUUUUGUAUAUAGCAGACUCUCCGCUCCUUCACUUCUACCUGCUUAUCUUCCUUCUAGAAAAUUACAUACAAUAUCUAUUCAGGAUUCAUGGCAUAGGAAAUCCCAACUUUCUCAACUGGUCAUACCUAGCAUUUACAUGCUUAUUUAUUCUCGAAAGGAGAUGGAGGAUACUGACGCCUCAGAAGCCCCAUUCUGAGAAAAACCAAGAAAAGGCCUCCAGUGGCCUUCUUCAACCCUAA